GGCGGCGGGCGCGGGUGGAGGCUCCUCUCCUCCCUCCCUUCCGGGUGCAACAGCGCCCCCUGGCGGUGGCGCAUGCGCAAGGGAGGCGCGGCCUAGCGCGCAUGCGCGGCCCGCCAUGGCGGCCGAGCCUGAGGCCUUCCUGGUCCCUCCGCCUCCCCCUUCAUCAUCCUCCGCCGUUACCGGAGCCCGGGAGGAAGAAGAAGAAGAUGCUCCUCACGCUGUGGAAACCCCCAGGCCGAGGAACGGCUUCAGGUCGGCGGGAGGAGGAGGAGGAGGGAAGCGGCGGAGCAGCUGCGGAGCCAAACAGCCCCCCUGGAAGCGGCGGCGGCGGGCGGCCUCGGAGUGCGGCCCGGUCCUUCCCUCCGAGUUCCUUUUAGGAGGCAACAUUUUCGACCCUUUAAACCUCAACAGCCUGUUGGACGAAGAGGUGAGCCGGGCCCUCAACGCCCGCACCCCGCAAUCCUCCCCUCUCCCCGCCCGCGGCCGGGACCCCGUGGAGAUCCUGGUCCCCCGGGAUAUCACCGACCCCCUCAGCCUCAACGCCCCCGGCGAGGGGCUGCGUUUGGCUUCCCCCGCCAAAACCGCCCGCCGGCGCCAUCGCCACCGCGGCCAGCAGCGAGGAGGAGGAGGAGGAACAUCAACCACCACCACCGCUGCUUCUUCUUCUUCUACCGUCGCCUCCGAGGAGGCUGCUUGUCCCCACGCCGACCCCGCCGCCCUCGUCACCCCCCCUGCGCCUCCUCCAUGUGCCACCUCCUGCCCCGGCCGCCAUCGCAAACGCCGACGGACUUGCAGUAAAUCGGAAGGAACCCGCCCCCCGCCCGAAAUAAAACCCAAACCCCCGGGUCAAAAAACCCAACCUCCCCAACAACGUCAACGCCACCGGGUCCGAAAGUUCCAAUAUGGCAAUUAUUGCAAAUAUUACGGUUACCGUAACCCCGACUGCGAGGACGGGAGGCUCCGGGCCAUGAGACCCGAAUGGUUCGCCGGGAAGGAGGUUUUGGACGUGGGCUGCAACGUCGGGCACCUCACCCUCAGCAUCGCCAAACGUUGGGGGCCCUCCCGGGUGGUGGGGCUGGACAUUGACGGGGGGUUGAUCCGUUCUGCCCGACAAAACAUCCGGCAUUAUCUGUCGGAGGAGAUCCAAGCCCAAGCGGCGGCCGGAGCCGGAGGGGGGAGCGGUGAAGGAGAAGGAGGAGGAGGAGGAGGAAAGGGGGGGCCACGGAAAGGUUUUCCUGCCGCUCUCUUGGCCAGUCGGGGUCCCAUUGCUGCCCCCCGCUUGCCCCCCGACGGGCCCGGGGCUGCUGAUUUCCCCCACAACGUCGUGUUCGUCACGGUGAAGCUCUUGCUCCUCAAACCCCAACUCUUGGGGUUUGGGGUCUCGUACCAUGAGCUCUAUGGGGCUGGACCCACAUUUUGGGGGCUGACGCCCUGGGCCUCCUACCGCAAGAGAAAGGGGCUGACGGAGACGACCUACAGGAAUUACCAGCGGAUCCGGCUCCGGCCCGAGCAGUUUCCCUCCUACUUGACCUCCCCCGAAGUGGGGUUCGACAGCUACGAAUUGUUGGGGACCCCCCAGCACUCGGCCAAAGGUGGGGGGAGAUACGGCGCCCGCUGCCACGCACAAGAUGGCGGCCCCCUGGCGGACCCUGACCUCAACAAGAUGGCGCCUCCCCCGACCUCACCAAAAUGGCGGCUCCCUGGCGCCUCCUGUUGA